AUGCCAGAAGCUCUGAAUCCAUCUCUACUAGAAGAAGCAGGUUUAAAAGAGUACUGUUUUCCUGAUUCAAAUAACUCUUGUUUGAAGGCUUCUUACCACAUAGCUGCUCAAACAAUAAUAUAUUUGCUCCUGAUGUUCGCGAUAAUUAUUACCAUUCUAGGAAAUUCUGUGGUCAUCAUCUCUAUAGCUCAUUUCAAACAACUUCACACACCUACAAAUAUUUUGGUGAUGUCUCUGGCACUAACAGAUCUGAUUCUGGGAGUCAUUGUCAUGCCAUUCAGCCUGAUCAGGUCUGUGGAUGGUUGUUGGUACUUUGGUCAAGAAUUCUGUUUUGUACACUCCAAUGUUGACAUGUACCUCACAACUGUAUCAGUCUUUCACUUGAUUUGUAUUGCUAUAGAUCGAUAUGAAGCUGUGUGCUAUCCACUUCAGUAUCCUACAAGAGUAACUAUACCUGUUGCAUGGCUUAUGGUAGCUAUAAGUUGGAUUGCAGCUGCAGUGUAUUCAUUUGGUCUCCUGGUUUCCAAAGCAAAUGUGGAACAUUUAGAUGAAUACAUUGCAUCUACAUAUUGCCUGGGAUAUUGCACCAUUAUGUUCAAUGCACUGUGGUCUGUUUUGGAUACAUGUAUCUGUUUCAUGUUGCCUUGUUCUGUAAUGAUUUUUCUGUAUGCUAAAAUAUUUCUCAUUUCAAAAAAACAUGCAAGAAAAUUGGAUGGAGUGAAGCAGGGCAAAAAUGAUCUAACCAAGUUCUCACAAAAGCUGAAACAGGAGAACAAAGCAGCAAAGACUCUUGGUAUUGUUGUAGGUGCAUUUAAUUUAUGCUGGAUGCCGUUUUACAUCAACUCUCUCGUUGAUCCUUAUAUUAACUAUGCUACCCAUCUGAUCUUUUAUGAUGUUUUUGGCUGGUUAGGUUACAUUAAUUCAGCUUUAAAUCCCAUUAUAUAUGGCCUUUUCUAUCCAUGGUUCAGAAAAACAUUGUAUCUAAUGGUAACACUGAAAAUAUUUGCCACAAAUUCUUCUGACAUAAAAUUGUAUGCAGCUUGA